GUACGUGUGGGCCGUUGAGGGAAGAGGACAUGAGUGGAGCUGGUCUGCAUGCGGCUUCCUGCUCUAUGUUAUAAAGACUCCCCUCCCUCCGGCUAACCUCCACAGUCUUUCUCGGACAACUGUGGUAGGUGAUAUCUUGGGCUAGCUAUAUUGAGGUAGCUGACAGUUGAACUGAGGGUUGCGAGGUCAGCAUUGUGCACAUUGGUUCUCGUCCCUGCUGGUCGGGGUACGAGUAGGGAGCUGGUCUCACCUAACAGAGGCGUCCAGGAGACUGCCCUCUAUGUAUUCUCUAGCUGGUGCCUUCCUCAACAAGAUGAGCAAGAUCCAGGUGGUGGAGGGAUACCAGGUUGGAGGAAGGCGUGCGGUGGUGGCGUCUGAUGCGGCUGCUGCGGAGGGAUAUGUGAAGGAGUUUACGCGCCACUCCAACGACGUCCUGCUGAAUCUGAAUGAGCUGAGGCACCGGAACAUUCUGACCGAUGCCACCCUCAUGGUGGGCACUGCCCAACUGCAGGCACACUGUGCUGUGCUCAUUGCCUGCAGUGGGUUCUUCUACUCCCUGUACUGCCAUCGGGUGUCCUCCCCCGUACAGAGUGGUGCUGGAGGCCAGGCCCUAACCCUGUCUCUCCCUGACUCCCUGGACCCCUCCAGCGUCUCCCUGCUCCUGGACUUCAUGUACACCUCCCGGCUGCCCCUCACAUCACACACCGUCCCCGGGGUGCUCGCCGUCGCCACCUACCUGCAGAUGGACCACGUGGCCGACACCUGCAGAGCUUUCAUGUUACACAUUGAGAGGAUGAGAGGGACGCCCCCUCAAGUGGAGCUGGACUCCACGGUGUCUGCAGUGUCUGAGGCACCCUCAGGGGGAGUUCCUCCCAAUCCCCCUAUCAAUGGAAGACCCCGCCCAUCUGUUCUCGCUGUCUCCACCCCCUCACAGCCCGCAGCGGAUGCUGAGGGCCACAUUUGCCCUGACUCAGCCAGGGUCCCUGGAGACAUCCGGGCCUCUCUGCAGCCAGGGACUUUCCUGACCCGUAAGCCCAGGUCAAAGGAACUAAAGCUGGAGCCUGAAUCCCCUCUCCCCACGCCCUCUCCAGAAUGCCCAUCCCGCUCCAGCUGCCAGCCCAACUCUCCUGCUGAGUCCAAAACCUGUAACCUGGGUGAACCCAAGAGCAGCCCUUACCCUAAGGCUUGCAACUGGAAGAAAUACAAGUACAUCGUCCUCAAUCCCCUCUGUGCCAUAACCACGGUGAAGGAGGAGGAGCCUGAGGAGGUCCAGCAGCAGCUUAGGCACACCCCCACCUCUGAUAGGAUGGAGGUGACAUUGAAGCCAACUAUAGAGGCGUGGCCAGGGGAAGGAUCCGGCCAAAAUGACAGGCAGGGGCACGUCUCCUGCUAUGAUGUCCCUGGCUGUAGCCCUCCUCUGGUGCCCCUCACAGGACUGUCAGCAAACUCUGCGGACCACCCCAUGGAGCCUCCCACCCACAAGGAAGGAACAGCCUCACCUUGCUAUCUGGCACCCCACCCAUUGGAGCCAGAGGCCGUCCAUCACCGCCAACACCCAAUCAAGCGCAAGAAUUACGGCUUGCCAUUCCGUUACUCCGGCAACCUGAGCGUGAUAAAGGCUGUCUGCACAGCCCCUGCUGCAGGCGACAAGCCGUACCGCUGCAACGUGUGUGGCGCCCAGUUCAACCGGCCCGCCAAUUUGAAGACUCACUCCCGCAUCCACUCUGGAGAGAAGCCCUACCACUGUGAUACCUGCGGGACCCGAUUCGUUCAGGUGGCCCACCUGCGAGCCCAUGUUCUGAUUCACACAGGGGAGAAGCCAUAUCCCUGUCACACCUGUGGCACUCGCUUCCGUCACCUGCAGACCCUGAAAAGCCACCUGCGUAUUCACACUGGCGAGAAGCCUUACACUUGUGAGAAGUGUGACCUGCACGUCCGCCACAAGAGCCAGCUGCGUCUCCACCUGAGGCAGAAGCACGGCGCCGUCACCAACAACAAGAUCCACUAAAAGGUCCUGGCCGACCCCUACCAGUCCAUCCUGCAGGCCUGUUAAAUGUCUUCCCUUUGAACCCGGACCUUUAACCCCUAACCCCAAACCCAAUAGAUACCAGCCAUGACCCUAACAUUUCUGUCAAUCAAAUCAUGAUCGUUUAUCUGUUUCCACCCUAGUUUCUCCUGUGUUAUUAUGGUCCAUGGCUGAAUCCCAAAUGGCACUCUAUACCUUAUAUAGGGCACUAUUUUUUACCAGGGCUGGGUGCCGUUCGAGACUGCCUGUCUGUAUUUUUCUCAAGUAUGUUUCACCCACUGCCUAGGGAGGCCAUUAUAACACCUAAACAUAUAGUUUGAAGUACAUGUGUCCUGUAUGUGAUUAGCCAAUCAAGCCUUGAUGUUCUAAUAUGAUUUGGGGAAAGACGGCAGGACCAGAGAUCUGAGCUGAUAUGUAGAUAGCAUGCUGAUGCCUUUCCUCUACAUGCUGUCAGUAAGGUAUUGGGCUCGUAUGAGUUAGGUCAGUAUGACGUGGAUCUUGUCAAGAGAGCUGAGAGAGUAGUAUGGGAGUACUGGGAGUAGUAUGGAAUGUUUUUGUAACCCAUCAGUUUGAGAGAGAGAGAGAGAGACACAGAGAGAGAGUUGACAGUUAAGAACAUGAAAUUAGGAUUUGACUGUAUUAGAGUGAUAGAGAGAAUGAUGUAGUAAAUUGCUAUGAGGUUGGGAGCUGUAGAAAUGGAUAGAGCAAGUGAAAGAAAGUUUUCUGUGCCAUUGUUUUAUUUAUUUUCCAGUCCCACAGCUAUUUUUAGGGACUGGGACACAUUUAGGAUCCGUUGAGUAUUUGGAAGGGAUACUACAAAGAUGUCAUUGCAUAACAAUAUAGACAGAGAUAGGUCAAAGGUUAUAAUACCCUCAGCACUAACGUGUGAAUAGACUACCCCGAUUGUGACAUCUUUAAAUAGCUUUUUAACUAAUGUUUCUUUUUUACAUACUUGGGGCCUUUGUAUAAUGACGUGUCAUAUUGGUUCAGAUAUUUUGACCGUUACAUCCCUGCUGUGUUUUUCUAAAGCUUUUUAUUUAAAUGUAAGAUUAUAAUCCGUGAUUAAUUAUAAUUCUAUUUCGGAGUCCAAGCAGGCAAAGGACUUCCGUCUCUUGUAUAUGAAGGAAUAUGUGCUCUCAGAGCAUAAAAGCUAGAUAAUGCUACUGUAAAAAAUGGAUGAGAGAUGAUAUUGAUAUCUGAAAUUGUAUGGUGUUCUUUUGCUGGACAAAGACAAGGACUGUUUUAUAUGAAUUAAAUGAAAUUGAUUGCCAUUAA